CGUCAUUUGAACUCUGAAAGUAAUUAUUGCAAAGGAAACCAAAGUUGUCGGCAGUUUAGUAGUCUUGCUUUGUAGUAGAACUUUGCGAACAUCAUGAAUCCCAACGCUGCGAAAGAAAUCAAGACGAUGAAGCUAUAUACUGAUGUUGAUAGAGUUUACAAUGAGCUGAAAGAGCUAGGGUACAGUAGAACAGAUCCUCUGAAGGUCGAAGAUGUCUGCAAAGUGGAUGAGUGGCAUUACAAGGGCACAGCUGCUGUAGAUGAUGCUAUAAAAAUCCUUAGAAUAAACAAAGAGCACACAGUCUUGGAUUUUGGAUCUGGUCUUGGUGGCCCAGCCAGGCAUUUAGCAGCAAAUACGGGAUGUCAUGUGGUUGCCUUGGAGCUACAAGAAGACAUGCAUGAGUCAGCAAUAGACUUAACCAAAAGAUGUGGGCUGAGUGAUAAAGUUAAACUUCAGUGUGGAGAUAUUCUGAAGCUGGAACAUUCUGAGUCUUAUGACUUCCUUGUCAGCUGGUUAGUGAUUCUUCAUAUUGAGGAUCGGAAAACACUGUUCAAAAAGUGUCUUGACCUUCUCAAACCUGGAGGGAAAAUAUAUAUUGAAGACUAUUACAAGCUUGCGGAUAUCUCUCCAUCUAUUGCUGAAGACUUGAAAGAGGCCGUGUACGUUUCUUACUUGCCUACAAAAGAGGAGUACAUUAAGCAAAUGGCUGAUGAAGGCUUUACAAAUAUUCAGUUUGAUGAUUUAACAGGAACUUGGCGACCACACGUGAAGGAGAGAUAUCAGAAUGCCUUAGCCAACAGAGAGCGAAAUGUGAGAGUCCUUGGAGAAGUGAGCUUUGAGGAGAUAUUGUAUUUCUUCUCUAAAAUUAGUGGUGUGUUUGAGUCAGGUUCCGUAGGAGGGUGCAGAAUCGUCGCUAGCAAGGCUCAAUAAAAAGCGGGAGCUUUGUGAAUAAUAUAAUACCUUUGAAUUUGAAAAUAACUAAUCUCGUUUCUUAUUUGAAAACGGAAGAAGGAUGUGUAAGAAGUGAUUCAAAUUUUUUUUUUAUCAGGUCUUUCCUCCCUACUAAGAAUGUUAUUUGUUUUUUUGUGUUGUUGUUGUUGUUUUGUUUUUUGUUUUGCUUCCUGAGUUCUCCCCACAGAGUCAAGUAUCGGGUUCUGUUACUGAGAUCAUCUUCUCGCACUCUCUUGUUAUUUUCUUCUUAAUAUUGAAUUAUGAAAAUUGAGGAGCCUUUUUUCGCCAAUAAAUAUUGUUCAUGUCCACUUUUACUCAUCUAUCCUCUCCUCACUUUUGAAUAAUAAACGCAGGCUCAAUUCCAGACCUAUUUGCUACCGAGUAGCAGUUUACCGACAACUGAGCCUUUCGUGGACCUCGUCCAGGCCCUUUUAUAGUGCGGGACCUUGUUUAAGAAACAUUUAAUUCAAGCUAUAUAAUGAAAAAGAAAGAACUUUAUAAACAAUGACAUCUACAAUAAAAGUUUAACUCAC